AUGCCUGCCAAUGCUGCGUGGAACUGGAUCAGCCCUGACACCCAAUUCGAGUUUUUCGAUGGCCAGAAUGGCCAAAACGACGUUGCGAUUGAGCUGGCCGAGGGACAACCACUACCUGACCGCACAAUUAUGCCCGACAUCAAUAAUGUGGUCGUUGGGGACUGGUCACACGGCACAAUUUUUUUCAGCAGCGCUUUUCGAUGUGAUGAUGGAGAAAUUUUUCAACGUGACGUUGGGUUCACGGGUUUGUCGGUGGAGAUUGAAGGUAAACUGCACCACCACGUGGAGGCUGCGAACGGUGACUCUGGCGCCAUGCUGUAUCGCUACGUUGGAGAUACUGGCGAGCUAAUUCCAGUCGGUGUUAUCACGGGAAAAUGGGAGGGUCCUGCUUUCAGUAAAAACCCUUGA